AAUAAAACAUGGCCGACUGAAGAAAUGGAGAUUUUCCUUUCUUCCCAAUCUUCGCAAUUUUCGGGGUUCGGGUUAUCAGAUUUGGAGGACGAAAAUGACAGUCCAGGUUCAGUUAGCCCUCCUAGUUCAGUGAGAACAUCAGAUUUAUCAUCUGAUGAAGAAUCUGAAGUAGCUUCAGACCUUUCUGACAGAAACCCUGAUUCUGAUAUUGAGGAAGACGAUGAUGAAUUGCCGGACAGUGAUGGUGAGUUUGAAUCACAGCUGAGUGAAAUUCCGAGCAGCCAACUCACUAGUGUAUCUGAUGAUGACUUUUGGUCUGAACAGUUGGAGGAUAUUGAAAUACCAGAUUUCAAUGAAGUGACAGGUCCUGUGCACAUGUUGCCAUUGAACGCACAAGCUGUUGAUUUUUUUCAGUUGUUUUUUGAAGAACGAUUUUUUCAACACCUAUCAGAGCAAACAAACUUGUAUGCUGAACAGACUUCAGAAAAUGACCAGCAUUGGGAAGAGGUUACUACUGAUGAAAUCAAAGCAUUCAUUGGAAUCAACAUAUUGAUGGGGGUGAUGCAGUUGGCAUCAUACAGACUGUACUGGAGUUCAGAUCCAUUCUUAGGAAACACUGGUAUAAGAAGUGUGAUGACAGAAAACAGAUUCUCAAAACUAUAUCAGUAUAUUCAUGUCAAUAACAAUCAAACAGCAGUACCAAGGGACACUGAAGGUUUCGACAAACUACAUAAAGUUAGACCAAUCAUCAACAUGGUAGAUCAUACUUUCAAAGACCAUUACAAACCAAAACAGAAUCAAACAGUGGAUGAAGCAAUGGUGAAAUACAAGGGAAGAUUUUCAAUUAAACAGUACAUGCCAGGAAAACCAAUCAAAAGAGGUAUGAAAGUUUGGAUGCGGGCUGAUUCAACAUCUGGAUACUGUCAUCAAUUCAAUGUAUACAUGGGCAAGGACGAUCCAAACAAAGGGCCUAAACUAGGGGAAAAAGUGGUGAAACUGCUAUGCAAGGACCUCAAAUGGAAAGGACACCAUAUAUAUAUGGAUAGAUACUUUACAUCAGUACCAUUGUUUAGAUGUUUAGAAAGAAAUGGCAUUUAUGGAUGUGGUACAAUAAAAUGCACAGCAGUUGGUCUUCCAGAAGACAUAACAGAUCCCCCCAGGAUGGCUCGAGGGGAGAGUAUUGCCCGCCAGAAUGGCAAUCUGGUAGCAACUGUGUGGCAAGAUAAGAAAAAAGUGCAUUUCCUGUCAACCAACUCUAAUCCAACAGGUGAAGGCUCCACCUUUAGAAGACUGAAAAAUGGCACUAGGAUUGAAAUAAACAGAUCACCCCCUGUUGAAGGUUAUCACAAUUACAUGGGAGGUGUAGACAGAAACAAUCAGCUCCGUGCUAAAACACCUGUAGGCAGACCAGCAAAGAAAUGGUGGAAAUAUUUGUUUUUUUACAUUAUUAACUUAUGCAUUACUAAUGCGUUCAUUGUUAUGAAUGAAUCUGUUGGUUAUCAACCAAGGAAGAAGCGCUAUUCCUUGUUGGAUUUUCGCAUCGACAUUGCCAAGCAACUGAUUGGGAAUUUCACCAAAAGGAACAGGAGAAUCGUUAAUCAACAACCUAACAAUAACCAUGUUAGUGUUCGUUUGAACAGGACAAAAAGAAGAUGCAAAUGGUGCACCAAGCAGGGAGAAAAGAAACGAAAAGAAACUGUAUAUGGCUGCUCGAACUGUAACAUUCAUUUAUGCAGAGAAUCCUGCUUUGAACACUAUCAUCAGCAACAUGGACUGCCAUUUGCCAUUUGACUUUGAGCAUUAAAAUAUUGGAUUACAAAACAAA